AUGGGUUUCGCGACAACCACACGUGUCUGGAAGUCACUUCUUCUCGUUAGAGAUAUUGCCUACAAAGUUGAUUUCACUGAUCGCAACUAUAGUGUGCUUGGCUUCGACGAUCAUGUGGCUCAGUACCGCCUCAUUAACAAAUUAAUUAAUCUACGGCAUUUUUUCGUGUCCAAACAGAAGUCACGAGUGAAUGUUCGCACACCGCUCAAAUCUGUUCUCGGCUACCCUGAAAGUCGAAUAACCCAGGAAAUAGACUUCGAGGAAUGCUGCGUAAAGCCAGUGAAGCUCACGACCUAG